UCUGUAAACAUCAUAUUGAGAAUUAUGGAAAUUCUACAUUAAAAUUAGUUAAAUAACGAGAAGCAAUUCAAUAACUCAAACGGGACUUAGAAAUGAGUGAUUCGAAACCGAAGUCUCCACGUAAACGCCGAUCACGCGGUCGACAUAGGAAACGCCAUUCAAUACCAGCGAAAACCACCAAGCAACCACAAUCCGACGCAGUAUCCGCUGUCACACAGGCACCAGAACCAGCUAUCGUGCGGAAACCAAAGCCCAAGUUAAAUCCUGACUUCAUCCAAGAAGAACAGGAUAUACAAAAGUCUCUGGAGCAACUGCAAAACGAUUCCAAUGGUAGUAUACAAAAUGAAUAUGAUCAGGAAGUGCUGUUUUUCCUUGAUGCCAUUCCGGAAAUAUAUCACGAUACACUAGAACAUCCGUUCCAGGAUCCAACCGGAGCAGAAAAUGAGCCUGUCACGCAUGAGAAAUCUCCCUCGAUUGAAUCGGCAUCCAACGAACAUGAAUCUCCGACACACCUGGCCUCGUCCUACAUUCAAACCGAUGAAGACCGCGUGUUUGAACGUUACCGGCUACAAAAAUUAACAUUUGACGACACAUUGCUAUUCGUACCCGCCAAAACUCUAUCCGAUGUACGGGGAAUUCUCGAGCAGGUGACGAUUUGCUCGGAAGGCGACGACAGUGCGGAUCCCGUGCCAACUCCAGUAAAACCAAUUCUCAAUGAAGCUAACAAAUCACGCCUACUGAAUCGGUUGAUCGAGGAAGAACAGGAAGAAUGGUUCGAUGCUAGCGGCGAUUUGGUGCAACUGCAAAGUUUCGUCACCGACAAACGAGUCAAAGGAAUCUGCAGUAAAAAGUUCCAUCCCUUCUAUGUACCACCGAUACCGUUAUGGCAAACGGCAGAACAGCUCCCAGUGGAAAGAACCGUCAAGAUACUGAUAGGGAAGCUUCAGUUCGAGAAUCAUCCUUCGCUCGGAGAAAGCAUGAGAUUGCGACUGAAGUUGGAACAAGUCUACAAACAGUAUUACAAAACAAGAAAGCUUCAAGUGGUCAAAAAUUUGCUGAAGACUUUGAAUGAUAUAAGACGUAAAGCAGAGGUUGGUGGCGAGGAGAGCAGAUCCUUGAAAAUUCAACGAAGAGAUUUGAGAAAAUUGCUCUACAAGGAAGCCAAAGUCGAACGUCAGCUGGAGAAAAAAAUAGUUGAAAUCUGGAAGGAACUCAAAGACCAAAAGGCCGACCACGGGUACAAAAUGACCAUUACCAGCGAGGAAGUUGAUCCGGAUCAAAACAGUACAGAGUGGAAUGAUCGCCUAAUCGCGGAAUUGGAGGAAACUUUGGAGGAUGAACAAGAGUUGUAUGCCAAAGAAAAGCAGGAUUACAAGACGUAUCUGCGCGAACUGGAGCAAAACCUGGACGAAGAUGGAGUCGUAGCUGUUACUAAACCAAAGAAACCGGAUCUGACUCGCAUCAAACAGGAGUUCCGAAAAUCAUACAUUGAAUCUUUUCGCACUCCUGGGGAACCAAUAGUGGAUAUAACGCAUCAGAGGGAUCCCGAAAAUGACGUAGACGGGAACCUGAACAAAGAUAUCCGUUUUAAAGUCAAAUUCUACAUCGACAACAAUCAUGUAGCGUCCACGAAAGCUCGACACUUUCAGAACGGAUUUUUAGUAGAUUUCAACACCUCUUUUUCAGUCAAAUUAACUACAAAAAUUCCGGAAACAAUGAAUAUACAGUUAUAUGAGAAAAAUCGUCUUAACAUAAAAACCAAAUUGCUAGACCUUUCCAUUUCUCUGCCGGACUCAAAGAAGCUGUUUGAUGACGAAGAUUAUGUACCGUAUGAAUUCUCCACGAGAAAAUCAUUAAGAUCGAAUGAAUAUCGAAGCGGUACAAUCGAUUUGAAAGUGGGUUGGUUGGAGGCAAUAGAACUUAACGGUUCGAGUCCUUCAAAGAACAAAAAUAGUAAAAAAGAGGCUCAUCUUUCGAAAAAGCAAAUUGAGAAAUGGUUCGACGAACAGGCUUUGAAUCCAAACGAUUCGGACGCCGAACAGCUUGUCGAAGCUUUGGAGAAACAAAACGCCAGUCAUGAUUCAGAGGACGAGAAAGAAGACCAACAGGAAAAGGACGACGCUUUUGUGUUCAACGAAGAUCUCUUAGCAUUCUGCUCUGAAGAAGAAAUCAACGGUAAUGAGCGCUUGAACAUGUUAUGUCAAAGAUUCAACAACAAUCUGAAGUACAAGAACAUAAAAUUUAUACCUCAAAUGGAACGAGAAAUUGAAGUCCCCGACGAAAUGAGGAUAAUCGACGAAACGCUGGGAACUGAUCCGAUUGACCUGCAGAGGCACCGCGGAAAACGAUAUCUUAAGACGAUUUACGACACGAUCACCAACCAUUGCAACGUGAUCAAUCAAGAUAAAAUUGACGACAACUUGCUAAUUGGUGAUCAGAUUCCAACGUUUGGUUCCUUAAGUUUGGCAUUCCUUGAAAUUUUUGGCCCCAGAAGACCAUUGAAGCCAUCGCGACGUUCUCCUUUGAGCCGAACAUCUAUCCGGGUAUCCGACGUGAAUCAGUUUCGGAUUGUGGUAACUGUUGUCCGAGCGUUCGGAAUUCCCAUGCGAUCGGACGAUCAUGUUUCCUCAGCUGGACGAAGAAAUAGCAACCUCUCUUCUACCAAAUUUUCAAUCCGAUCAUCGAACGUACGUCCGUACAUCACGAUUUCCAUCAAAGACAAAAUACAGCGAACAUCAACAGCGGACGGAACGAAUCCCACGUGGAAUGAGCAACUGUCGAUUCCACUCGAUACCAAAAGUGAUCAGAUUCGGAGGUUUUUAAAUAUCGACCUAUACGACGAAUUUAUGGAAGAUUUACUCGAAGACGAUCGAUCCCGACCUACGGAGGUAUAUCAGAGAAUAACAAGUAAAUGGCUCGGGCAGCUAAGGAUCCCGAUCAGUACGAUUUAUCUGAACCAGAGGAUCGAAGGAACGUUUGAAAUCAAAACGCCAUCGGUGUUGUUUGGGUACACGCGCAGUAACGAUGAAUCGCCGGAAUACACAUCGAUGCUGAUCGGAUCUGACUUACCAGGCAUGCGAGAGUUAACUCACAUCUCCCUGUUCAUAAAUCUGGAACCGAAUGUUGAGAUUCCGAAAUUUGACACCAACGGACUGGAAUGCGUAGAAUUGGAACAAACGAUGACUCGCAUAUAUCUAUGGUUCGAAGAAUACCGCAAUGAAUUCCCAAUGAGAGCAAAACUACCGCUGGUAACACUACUCAGCGGUAAACGGGUUUGCAUUACAAGACUGCUUGGACCCAUCAACGUUCCCUUUGUGCUCGAUGACAACGUGGAGAGAAUGGUGCGGCGAUAUGUGUCCCUUAUACCGGUUCACUACAACACGGACCCCUGCUCGCAACUUGGUGGCAUUUGGCUUACCAAUAGGGAAAUAAUGAAUAUGAUGUGCGCUUCGCCGAAGGAUUUAGGCGUUUUACUGUUUUGCUUUUAUACUGUCCUGGAAUAUGAUGUCUAUUUGAUCUUGGGGCAUAGUUUGCUCACUGGUGAAAGUACGUUUGUUCUUUUACGAAUGGAUAACGAGUUCUAUAUUGUAGACCCUAUCACCGGUACGAAAUACAAUAGUUCCGACACGUACUGUCCUUUGAGUAGAAUAUACUACAUUGUCAAUCAGGAUAACGUCUGGGGAAAUAUUCAAAAAGAGAACAGAGUUUUUCUAACGCAGCUGAACGUCAACAAGUCAUCCUUUUGGAGACCGCUCUUCAAUCGAACUUAUGAUGCACCGACAGGUUGUGUUCACGAAGGAAAUUACAAGUACAGCAAUGCUCUUAGUGUACGAGAUCUUCAGAAAACAAUUGAAAGAAAACUCAUUAAAAAGAUCGCUUUCUGGAGAACUCACCGCAAAACUAUUUGGAAUCGUUACGUUAGUGACCAACUUAAACACAUCCUUCCUAGUUUUGAAAUAGAUGCCUGUCUAGAAACCAAAACGGAUCAUCAACUGGAACUUUUGAACCAGUUAUUUCCUUCCUUCAAAAUCAACGGAUUUCCCAUCAAUUUACCGUACAUCAACCUUUCCACUAUUGUUGCCAAAAUCAAAGGCACAGGAAUUCACCUAAAUUCCGAAAAUAAAGUAGAAUUUGCACUAGGUGUAUAUGUAAAAGAUUAUCCCAACAAUGUCUACUCGGUAUGGAUAUUUUUAAUUUCACUGACACCAAAAACUUAAGACUGUAACUUCAUCGCGGUAAUAAAA